ACCGCGAACACAACGACCUCUGAGCUCCUGCACCACUGACACCAACCAACACAACAAUCUCUAAUAAAUAUCCCUCUAUGCCAGUUACCCGCGAGGCUGCGACCGACCCACUGGGCCACCAUAUCCCCCAAACCCGACACCAUAAAUAUCAACCAAAAUUCAUAAUUUUCUCGCUGGAAAAUAUAGUUUACACUCUUGUUUGGACUUAGUGUGUGAGUGGUGAUGAAGUGUGACUAGCCCGAGGCGGCGUGUACCAGCCUGGAGGGGCGUGAGGUUCGCUACCCCCACCACACUGGUCAUGCUAGGGUCUCACACUAUCCAUCCUUACACCACUCAUCAACUUCCUAUAUUCUGUUGACCCCGUCAGCGUCCGUGCGAGGGCACACGUGUCAGUAACCCUCCCUCAGUAGGCUCCACGUCCCGUUGUGGUCCGGUAGUGGCUCUCCCUUCUCUCAUGUUGGCUGCCUUCUUCGCCUUAACCGACAUCUUUCCUCACACACUACCUCGGUUUAUCAGAUUCAGAACCCAAAGUGUAUACACGUAAACCUGAAGCGUAACCCACGACCACAUCUGUGAAAGUCGAGGCUUCCGUCAGGAGGCGCGUGGCGGGACCCUCCGGCAGUAGUGGAGCCCAUGUGUGUGUAGGGAGUCAUGAAGGAAGUGUGGAUACUUGCUGGUGUGCUCGCCUCGCCUCUACACACCCUACACAUCCCUCACCAUACAUCUGUUUAAAGGUGUCUACUAUGUCGGAGCAAGAGACCAGUAGAAGCCCACAAAGCAGUACCUCAGAGGUUGGGGGGACCAUUGAGGACAGGGCAGGACCACCACAAGAAACCCCUGAGAGCCAGUGUUGUUCAGAUUUAAAUAGUUGUGUUAGUAGUGAUAGUGGCAUGGGAAAUACCCUAUUUUCUUCGCCAGAAAAAUGUGAUGAGACAAAUGACUCUUCAGAUGACGUUAAAGAAGCUGAAUGCUGUAAUCACAUCAAACUUAUGAAUAACAGGGAUGUAUUGAACAUUCAGUGCAAUAAAGAUGUUAUAAAAGAUGUGUUGUGGCAAACUGUAGCAGUUGUUAGAGACUCUGAGGUAAGUCUGGACACUGAAAGUAAUAUUACCCCAUUAAUUGAAGUGAAAGAGGCUGUGGACAUCCCCCAAAAAUGUGAGGAAGAUUCUUCACGUGUUAGAGAGCCAAUACAGAAUGAAGAGGAAACUUGCACAAGUAAUAAAAGAAGUGAAACAAGGAAUGACAGUAUUGAGACCGCAAAAAGAUUAGAUACAAUUGUAGUAAAUGAAGCGGUUAGAAAUGAAGUAAAGAAUGAAACUGAAAAAGACAGUUUUCUGGACAGUGAGAAAAUUUGUGACAAAGACUUUGUAAAUGAAAUAAGUGUUAACAACCCUGUUAAAAGUAAGGAAUACAACGAAACCAAGACAAUAUUUGUUGAGAAUGGUUGUGAAACUGAAAAAGACGGUGACAAAUAUUGUGGGGUUAGGAAUGAUAGUGAAAUUGAGUUAAUAUCCAGUGAGAAACAUGAAGAAUGGGAAUUAGAAAUAAAAAAGAAAUACGAGGAGACCGAAUCAGUAUUAGAGAAAAAAAAAGAAAUAUCUAAACAUUCAAUCGUGAAUGAAAAUGAUAGUGUUGAAAAGAUUCCUUUAGGGUGCCAGAAUAAUCAAAGUGUUUCAAAAGAUACAGUGGAUGGCAUUGGCAGUGGCCUUGGCAUUGACUUGGAUGCCAUAAGAGACACGGAUUCUGAAGCUGGCGAGUCAUGUUACAGCGAAGAUCAGGAACAUGGCGAUGCCUGUCAAGGUGAAAAUGGCUGUAUACAUCAGAGUGGUGUGUGUGAUUCUGAACAAAACUGGGACUAUGUAAUAGAUGAAGAGUUUAAUGUGCCAAGAAGACCCGUUUUUAAUGGUUCUGCAGAUCAGCUCGAAAGGAGAAGUAGCCUCAAGCGGAAAGCCAGUGAAGAACAUGAAGAUGAUGCAAAGUUAAUGAGGAGAGUAAGAACUAAAAAGUACUGCAGGGUGCUGCAAGAAGACAUUAACAAACUUCAGGAGUGGGCAGGUGAAUGGCUUCUGGAAUUCAAUCCAAAUAAGUGCAUUGAAGCAAUGAAAAUGGAAGCAACACCACCGAAGUGUAAACGAGGCAUCCAGUUUGAAGGUGUGACAGUUUUCUACUUUCCCAGGUCACAAGGCUUCACAUGUGUUCCCUCCCAAGGUGGCUCCUCAUUAGGAAUGUCGCGCCGACAUUCACAUAUUCGUCAGUUUUCUUUGGCAGAACAUGCAGUGGAACAGAGAAGGGCACACAGGGAAUAUCUCAUGAGAUUACGACAACAACGAACGGCAAGGGAGCGAAGAGACAGCAGCAGUCGGGGCAGUAGUUCAGAGGACAGCGAGGAAAACAGUGAGGAGGCCAGUGAUCUUUCCGACUCAGAAUUGGAUGCCGAUUCCUACUAUUUUCUUCAACCUUUACCAAUCCGUCAGCGCCGAGCUCUCUUACGCCAGGCUGGAAUCUGUCACAUUGAGGGUCUCGAGAAAGAGGAAUGCAAGGAUAUCAGGAUGUCAAGAGAGAUGUGUGGAUGUCAAUGCAAAGUUUACUGUGACCCUGACACUUGCCAGUGUGCUGAGGCUGGCAUCAAAUGUCAGGUUGACCGUCACAACUUUCCCUGUGGCUGUUCUCGAGAGGGCUGUGGUAAUGCAUAUGGAAGAAUAGAGUUCAAUCCUAUUCGUGUGCGCACUCACUUCAUCCACACACUGAUGCGCUUAGAGAUAGAGAAACGUCAGCAUCACCAGCAACAGCACCAACAGCAACAGCAGUGGCAGCAUCAGCAACGAGUCAAAUGGCUGACUAGUUCAUCACCACCACCUAAUGGAUUUAGUAGCAGUGGGAGCAGCCUUGCCAGUGGAACUCUGCCGUUCUUUGAGGGUGGGAGGGAAACAAGUGGACUGGCCGUCACUGACAUCCACAAAUUCAACUCUUCUGUUGAGAUGAACCCAUGUGUUGGAUCAAUGAAUGCCCAACUCUACCCACAUUUUGAAUCACGGCAGAUGAUUGGCCCCGGAGCACCACCCUCUGUGUACAUCCAACAUGACAGUGUAAGUGACUACAACUCUGGGACUUGCUCUGUAUUUGGUGGACUGGGUACAACUUUUGACCCAUCUGCCCCAUAUGGGUCCUGCCACAGUUUUCCUCCUUCUAGUGUGGCGCCUCCUCAAGUGGUGCCUCCGCAGGUACCAUCCCAAGUACCUCCUCCCCAGCCCACACCAGAGGCCUACAACUCUCUCUCCAAGUUCACAAAUUCUACCAAUUUGGUAUCCACUUCCUUUUCAUAUUCUGGUGCUGUUGCCCCUGCUCCUGUCCCUACUCCUGUUAAUUGCUCUUAUACUCAGAACAACUUUUGUAUGCCUGGGGUGCAUGACAAUACUGCUACAGUCUUUGGACAGUACCAUGAACCUAGUGCUUCAACACAAAAUUUGUUUAAGGCUGAUGUAACUGAAUGCAGUGAUUUUCAACCCAACUUUGAGGCUAUUUCCUCCUCCUCUGCCUCUCCAGACAAAACCAGCAGAUACAUUCCAGCAUCAUCCUUAGUUGGGCCUAGCAAGGAGAUCUGCAAUGAAUAUUCGGGAGCAACUUCAAGUGGAUGCUCCAGUAUGGUUGGAGGAAGCUACAAGGUAGACAGCUCAGCAUCAAAUGUCUCACAGAGUCCUGUUGACAACUCACUGUCUGAUCAGCCAUUGCCUACCCAGUCCAUCAACACACCUUCACCACCACUGAACUUCAAUGCUAAUCACCUUGGUAGUUCAAACAAAGAUUCAAUCAUGAAUAACAGUAAUGAAAAUCCUUCUGAAGCAACUGAAAAUUUAGGAGAAAUUGUUAAGAAGUCUAUGGUGGAAACUGUAUCUGCUUAAUAAGGUUUCAAGACAGUGGACUUGAGUCUCAAGUUCAUUGUUGAACAAAUUUGCCAGGUUUGAAUACAAGGUCAAGGUACCAUAGAGAUAAGUUUUGAUACACAUUUAGAAAGGAUUUCAAUAUAGAGAUAUAUCUUUCUACAUUAGAAAUCAAAUUAGCCCAACUGCAGUGCUGUCUAAUAUUUAUGAUGGCUAAUUUACAAACAUUUGUUGAAUCUUUUAGUGCAGGGAAAAUAGGUAUUCUUGUCCCAACAGCAGUGUCCCAGCUUUUUAAGGUGAAAUUUCCUUUGUUCUUUACUAAAGAUAAAGUGAUGAAAAAUAAUGACCAUUGUGAUAAAAUGAAGCACUAAUGAACUGGUUACUAAUAUCAGAUGCUCAAGUCAUUGCCUCAAGAAAUGAGAUGUACAUCUAAAAGUUUAUACAAAUGUAAAAAAAAGGAAAAAGAAAAACAACCGACAUUCAUAGGGGAAUAAUACGGUUUUUUGUUCAAGUGAAUUCAUGCAUUGUGUCAUUAUUAUUGAGUGGAAAAUAGUGAAAGUGAUGUAUGCUUUGCCCCUCCCUCCUCCCCCCUUCCCCACACAGGGAUCCUGCUAACAGUUCAGGGUAAUAUACUUCUAAUAACUUACAUUUCCUGUUAUGAUUUUUAUAUAAUUUAAUUUUUAUUCAGUGUAAUACAUGAUGUAUUUGAUUUUUUCCCAGAACAUUUUAAUUUUAGUUGUAAUUGACAACUUUUGUUUUACUUUUAUUGACUUUACAGUGUAUUUUAAAUUGCUCUUGUAUUUUUCUCUCUCAUGCAUAGUUGUUUUUGUGAUUGUUAUUUGUAUUAUAUAAAGGAGCUUUAAUUUUGUCAAAAAGGCUAUUGUUUAAUUGUAUGAACUUGUACAGAUUAGUGUUUCAGUCUUCUAAUACUGUCCUGGCCACUGAUGGUCAUUUCAGGGUUCUCAAAUACUAUUAAGACAAAUUAACACCAUUUAUCACCAGCCAACUCUUGUGCAGGCUGUUUUAAACCACAUGGAAAACCAUGUGGUUUUUAAGCUAAGUUAUUGUUUUCAUCUUUCCACUCAUUAACUGGAUUUUUUAAAUAAAAAAAAGGAUUUUGACUGUCUUCAAAGUCUGACCAGUACCAGUGAUAAUAUAACACAUAAUGUCUAACUGUUUAUACUGUACAGACAUUGAGUGUCAUGUGUAUAUUGAGCUCUUCUCAGAAAGUGCGAUUUUUUAUGUGAGAUAAUUUUUAAAAGUAUAUUAUUUGAAA